AUGUUUUCGAGGUCAGCAUUCUGUUUAAGGGGAGCUAGCAAGGCACUAAGAAACUUUUCAGUGGCUUCCCAGGUAUGUACAAGGAUCAUUUCUCGUUCUGAUGAAGAUUCCUAGUAUCGGUUGGUCACACUUGGUCUAUAUAUUUAGGCAGGUUGUGUAAUGACUUUCCUCUGGUAUAUUUCUUUGCAGCACCAACAGAAAGUUGCUGUUCUUGGUGCUGCUGGGGGAAUUGGUCAGCCUAUGUCAUUGUUAAUGAAGGAGUCACCAGCCAUCAGCCAUUUGGCCUUGUACGAUAUCGUCAACACCCCAGGUAGGCAGUUCAAACCAGCUUUUGCCGAAAUCUCAAGUCUUUUGCACUGGAAUAAUGGGGAAUACAGAGACAGAACUGUUUGAAAACUUAAUUGAGACCUUGGGAAAAAAUAUUAUUUUUUUCCAAAAGGAUCUGUUUGGAGCUGGGAGAAGGGGUCUGUUUGAAGGGAGUCGUAAAAUCUUCAAGCAGAGCCCAAGUCCCCACUCCAAAAGAGAUCACAGGCAAAUUAUGAAGUAACUGUCCAAUCCCAAUGGGGAAUGUGAUUUAGCGGGGCACUAUCCUUGAAUCAAAGCAACAGGUUUCCACCUGACUAAACAGCAAAUUUGGGAUUAAAUCCUCAAGUGAAUACAGCCAGUCUGCAACUUUUUUGAUUCCCAAAACUUUUACCUUAGGCAAAGGAAGUGGGAGUCCCUGGCAUUCAGCCCCAGCAGAAAAUUCCAUACUGACUUUUUUGGCCCCCAAAAUUCCAUACUGAUGGCAUAGAUUUGUCCGCAAUCUGGUCAUCAAGUACUGAUUGGUCAACAUAGUAAUUUUCAUCUUUUAGCUAUUGUUUAUGAAUGCAGACAAAAGACAGAAGGUCACAAAGAUCAAAUAUAAAAGCCAUGAUUCUACUUAAAACAGUCAUUCUUUUUUACAAGAAGCGUUUGAGUUUUGCUCCUGCUCAUUCACCGAAGAACUCAAAACUUUAUGAUGAUAUACUGGGAGAAAAAUAUAUUAGAACAAAUUUUUACAUUAAUUUUGUAACCUCAUGACUACCAGAUGUAUUAUGUACACAUUGAAUCAUGUCAUCAGUAUGGAACUUUUUUGGGUCCAAAUUGCAGAUAUCUCUCUCUCAGAAUGUCCAUCCCUUGAGGAGUAAGGAGAGACAGCUGUACUCACAGGCAACAGCUGAUAGAGACUACGUUUUUUGAAGCAGCGUCAGCUGUUGGUCUCCUUUCCAAUGUUUUAACAACCAAUUCAUUGCAGAUACCAUGAGUCCUUGGUAGCUCAGUGGCUACAGUGUGUGACCAGCGUAGGGAAGGUCAUAGGUUCAAUUCCUGUUGGAGAUUCAGAUUUUUUUCUUUGUCCCGUGGCUGUGACAUGUUGGUUACAUCAUUUCUCAAUUCAUUGCUGUUACUGCAAAAGUUAUUCAAACUAUAGGUAGUAUCCUGAUCAUUGAGGGCAAAUUUACUAGAAGAGUAAUAAAGCCCCUGGCUACUUACUCUCACUGAUAUGGUUCCAGAAUCAUCUGAAUUCCUUACUUUUUAUUGACCAGGAAUUUGUUUUCUUUUUGUUUUCAACUGUAAUUUUUUUCAAUGUUACCCAUACAUUUUUAUGCCAGUUACGGUAGCUGCUCCUGGAUCUCUAAGAAUGGAUAAAUUAUUUCAUAGUGGCUUACAUCUGUACUAUAACCUCACUAUGAACUUGCGCCUAGUGAAGGAAGGAGGGAAGAGAAGCAGCAAUUUUAUUCCUUGGUGAUUUUGUUUGUACACAAAAAGCAGUUUAAGCUCAACCAUGAUGGAUAGUUGGUGAUUUUUGACUUUACCUUAAUAAGCGAAACCCACUAUAAUGAUGACAAAGAAACGCCAGCACAUGAAAUGUCAGAAUUUGAAUGCUUUUGAAGUGGUGUCUGCCUAGAAUUGAUCUUACCGAAAUUGUCAUCGUUAGCCAUGGUAUUAAGAGGGGUUCAGGGGAUGCAGAUGACAGGGCUUGAAAAAAGUCCCUUCCAGUAGUCCAGUACAGGUGCAGAUCCAGAAUUUUUCUUAGAGGGGGUUGCACCACUUAAGGAAUAGCAUAACUGACUGGUGAUGUAAACAAAUUUUAAUACAGAAUACCAGUUGUAAUAGAAACCUACAGGUCUUCUCAGAGGGCGGGGGGGAGGUGCUCCCCCUGCAACUUACCCUUAGAUCUGCCCCUGAGUAUGAGAAGAUUUUCUUGCGUGGAAAGAUAAUAUCAACUGAAGCUCACUUCCCUAAUGGGCGAGGGUUCAGGCAAGUCAUCCUCUAACUAAAUCAUUAACUAAAACAAGCGAGUAGUUCCCCCAGGCAAGGAAAAUGCAAGAGCUGCACGCUCAAAGGAAGUGUUGGAUUUAGGUUUUUUUUUUCAAGCCCUGGGUGAGAGUUCUACUUUCUAGUUGUGGGUGAGAGGAUUCAAAAUGCAAGCAAUUUCUGAAGCUUGAGAUGUUGGAUAGCAACAUAUAGUGACAUUUCCUCUCUUUACAUUAAUAUUUAAUUGACAUGUGGUUUUGUUUUAUUCAUUGUAGGUGUUGUAGCUGACAUUAGCCACAUCUGUACACCUGCGAAAGUAAGUAUUAAGUGAGUACACUAAGUACUGCAGCAGAAUUAGGUCAGUCGGUAGAGCACUUGAUUGUGGAACGGGAGGUCGCUGGUUCGAUUCCCUAGACAGGACCAAGUUUGGUUCAGGAUUUGGAGUUUACUUAUUUUGUUUGAAUAUAUUAGGUAACAAGCCACCAAGGACCUGAUGAUCUUAAAGGGGCUCUAGAAGGCUGUGCUGCUGUUGUUAUACCUGCUGGUGUUCCAAGAAAGCCAGGUACAGUUAAACCUCAAUAAUUAAUCUGGUUCUGUCAGGAUUGGGAUAGAUAGUCCUGAUAAUAUUGAAAAAAAAUAUUAGCAAGGUUAAAAUGGCUAAAAUAUUAUGAUCUGGCAGCUGAAUUGUUGCAGCAAAUGGUUGUCAUACUAUAUUGUAAGGUAUGAUAACUGCUUGAAGUUAGUACAUAUAUAAAAAACCUGGCUGUUCUUACUUUGAAACCCAUUUUUUAUGAAGGAAGCAGCAAAGGCUGUCACUAAGUUUCAAAGUAAGAGAAAAAAUGGGAAACAUUGUGAGGGAUUUGACAUUUUCUUGUCAAUAUGCCUUGUUUCUACUGAAGGUAGGUAAUGUUUCUAAUAGACAGUCCCCACCCUUAAAUAUCUUAACUUGAAAAAAUUGCAGCAUAUAGGUAAAAUAUUGUAGCUGAGUAAAAUAAUAUUAUGAAUUUCUGAUUUUUGCUGUUUUUAAUGAUCCACUUUUGUUUGUGGCUGUUGCUUCAUCAGGAAUGACCCGGGAUGAUCUGUUUAAUACUAAUGCCUCUAUUGUACAGACCCUCACCGAAGCUUGUGCGCAGUAAGAAUUUCCUAAUUUAUUAUUUCCUUCAGUCUGGAUUUUUUUUUCAUUGUAAGAUUUUAGUCUUAGUGAGCAGGUUGCCAGAUUUAUUUUGAUGCUCUUUUUUCUUUUAGGUUUUGCCCAAAAGCCAUAAUUUGUAUCAUCUCUAAUCCUGUAAGUAUUAUGUUGUAGGUCAAAAUUAAUAUUAAAUUCAUGUCAAAUUUGUUUUUUGAACAUAGGUCAAUUAUCAAUUUUCUUUUGUCUCCUAGCCCUACAUUAAUUUAUAGUCUUAUUCAUGAAUUAGGGUUUCGAGGCUUUUAUAAGUAACUGUUCUGAAGUGGUAUAAACAUGGGUAAACAAUCUGAAUUAAUGUGUGCCUUUUUGAACAUUUUUGCAGGUUAAUUCUACUGUUCCAAUUGCCUGUGAAGUAUAUAAGAAAGCAGGAGUUUUUGAUCCAGCCAGGUACCUUCAGCACCUCUUUUGUUGCAUAUCAGUGCUGUAGUGAUGGCCAGUUUCUAAUAUUGUUUGUCCAAGUUCUUAACUACACUGUAUUUGACUACUUGUAGUUACUCCUUCUUCUGGCCCCAGUUGUUCAAAAUAAUGGUGAAUAUUCUAUCCAGUGCAUAACACCAUAUUGGUUUCCCUAAUUUACCUAUCCACUGUGUAGUGAUUUAUCUGGUAUACAGUGGUAUCCAUUGUAAGAACAACCAAGGCUUGCCUGGAAGAUGGAGUGGGAGGGAAUUAAUUUAAUUAUUGUGAACUCUGGGGCUACUUUUCAUCAUGUACUGUUACAUGUAUUUUGUGUGUAUAUAACCGCGAGAAUGAUCCUGAUAUAAAAAAGACGGAAAAAGCCACAUUACAUAGAUCGAGGAGGCACUGGGGAUUGCAGUUUGCCAUAUAAUUUUUACAAUGCAUUCAUUAAGUUUUUAUUCUUUUAUUUCUUCCUAGAAUUCUUGGUGUCACCACUUUGGAUGUUGUCAGGGCACACACAUUUGUUGCAGAAACUAAGGUUAAUAUUGAACAAUGGUUUACUUUGGAGUCAAUAAUAUCAAUAUCCUAAUAUCAUUAUCAUUUAAAGGUAUUUGUCUUGACCAUUCCCCGUCCACCUUUCAGUGUAAAGCCAAAAAGUGUAAAACGUUUUAUGUAAAAAAGGAGUUUACAUAUUAAAUAAGAAUAAAGAAAUAGGCAAGAAAAAGAAUUUAACAGUAAUACUUGUUUAAUGAAUGAUGGUAAGGCCAUAUCUAUUGUUUUUGUAGCAGACGGCAUUAAUGCAUAACCUUUGGACCAAAAAAUACGGGGUGCGAUACCUGCCAUAGCCCUUUAUAGUGAGAAUAGAAUAGAAUUCUUUUUUUCUUCUUCUUUUUUUCUUAAGCCAAACAAUUACUAGAAAGAUAUAAAAUACAGCCAAUAGAAAACAAAAUAAUGUAGUGAAAAAACAAGGUACACUGAGUAAAACAAACCAUUAAAUAAUUUUAAUUUUCCGUUUGGAAAAAAACGUCCCCAUAGUACAAAGCGUUAGUGUUCAGAGUAGUGUUACUGGGUUCGAAACCUGGCAUCAUCCAUAUUUUUUUAAAUAGAUUUCUUUUUCCUUCUUUUUUUAUGGUUACUUUAGUGCAGACUAUUCAUCACCCGUAAGCUUGUGUCCUCCCCUCAGAGGACUAUUUUUUCGCAGAAGAGGCUCUAAGAGCAGCUUGAAAAUAGUCUCUUCUGAGGGGCUGAGUACUGACAAAAGCAUGCAAAGUAAUUAUCUUCAAUGCUACAAUUUUUCAAGAGAGGGGUACAGAUUUUUUUUGUCGAAUAGAUAGAUAGAUAUUCUGUUUAUUUCACCCACUUGCAGCAAUAACUGAAUUGUUGGGGAAGGUCAUUGUCACAUACAAUUAACCAUUUACAUACAGAUUGUUUGAGAAUGUUAAUGUUAUUCUCUCCAAUCAGUGACACAGGUCACUUGUGAUGUCAUUGCCUAUAUUUCCAUGUACUUCGUUCUAGGGGCUUAAUGUGGAAGAUGUUAAAGUACCUGUUAUUGGUGGUCAUUCUGGUAUCACAAUUCUGCCUCUUUUAUCCCAGGUAAUGUAUUUAGCUUGUGCUCCAGUCAUAUGUGUAUUAAGUCUUAGCAACUUGGCUCAGUAACUUUUAAGAAACUGGAAAAAAGAAACUCCAAACUGUAAUUUUCGGCAUGUAAUGGACAUCAGAGAAUUGGUCUUAUUAAUAAUGGUUGUCCUUUUUCUCUUUAGUUGAUAAAUUAAUCUUCUAUUAACGCUCAGAAAGCUUUAAUAUACAGCAGUAGAGGAGCCUUUAAACAGUGACAAUCUGCCGGAAAUGGCUUGCACUGAAAUCCCUACUUUAGAAUUUUUGUGCUGAAAAUACAGUUUUAUUAUUGUAAUUCAUAGCCUUGGCUUUAACUAGUAAAACUGACAUCACAUUAAUUUUGAUAUAGGUUACACCCAUUACACCAACCUACACCGUACUAAGCAUACACUACUUUGUUUUCAGUCAGGGAUUUUCAGAGUCGAACCUUACAACAUCUUAGUAUUUGCAGCUUCUCUCACAACACAUUUUCAAAGAUAAAAUUUGCCACGAGAUCCACUUUUCCUCUAUUGUUUGCCACAGACUGACAGAAUCUAGAUGUUGCACCAAUUUUUGCUACAAUUAAAAAACAAUAGAGUCAGAGGACUCAGAAGCAUUAUUUUUAUUGAUGGAUAAAAUUGCAUUUGAAUCUGUUUUGAUUUUGUUUUCAAGACAUCUCCUGGUGUGUCAUUUACUGAUGAGGAAGUUGACAAGCUCACUGACAGAAUCCAGAAUGCUGGGACAGAAGUAGUGAAUGCCAAAGCAGGAUCUGUAAGAUGAUUGUUUUUCUUCAACCUGUUUCCUUCUUUGUUUCAUGUAGCACAAUAAAGGUUUAUGGAUAAAUAAUAUUGUUACAUUUCAUGUAAAGAACAAUAUUAUUUAUCCAUAAAUAAUAACAAUCUUUGAAUGCUGAUUGAUUAUGUAAACAUUGAUUUAUUGGCUGUUAAUGCAGACAUCUCUUCUGUGAAACAUCCCUAUCAGUGACAAGCAAGGACAGGUGGCUGCAUUAAUAGGCUAUUUAAGUAAUGCAAUAAUGUUGAUUUACAUAAAAUGCAUAUCAUUCAGAAUGACGAUAUCAUAAUUUAGCACUAAUUCAUGACUGUCAACUGUUACUUUAGGGAUCUGCAACACUCUCAAUGGCAUAUGCUGGGACAAAGUUUGUUAACUCUGUAAGUAAAGUUUGUAAAUUACUAGUUAUAAGCUAUUUUAACAUUAGGUAGCAUGUCUAGGUUUCCCAGGUGUUGGACUCUGCUACUGGUGAUACAUGUACUGUAACCCAGUACAACCUGCCACAUGGACGACUGGUCUUCCGUCAGCACUAUGCUAGUGAAGAGGGUGGCAUGUCACCCAGCAGGAGAAAAAACAAAACCUGUGAAAGGGUGAAUGAGCUCCAUGUGAGCCAACCACCAGCAUGCUACUGGUGCUGUGGAGCAAGAAGGGUACAAUUUAACAGACUCAACCUGUUGUAUUUCCAGCUGUCUCACUUGUCCUGCUUCUGGACCCAGAUAACUCAGGACAAGAGACUGAGAUUGAGACACAGGGCAACUCUCCUUCACUUUCAUCCAAUUCACAUGCAAGUCAAAACAUCACUUCCCCUUUCUUGUGAUGUUCUUGGUCAUCGUUGACAACAGUGGAUGAGUGAAAAGCAAACAACACACAAUAUAAACACCUAGAAAUUAUCUUAGCAAAGGAAAGCAACUUCUUUCUUCUGAGAAUAAUGACUGCAAAAUUAAUCACAGUCAAUCACCAUCAUGGUAAUAGUGUGCUAAUAAGCUCUCAAGUGGAGUGGGGAAAAAAAGAAAAUUGUCAAGCUAAGCAAGCCGAGCAGGGCCUGCAGGAGAAAAAGAAAGAGGAACCUGUAGACUUUGUUUUGAUGCAGCCCAUCCUCCCACUUGUAACACAUAUGUCAUUAACAUGUCAAUAUGGUAAUUAUACCUCCUCUCGAAUGACAUUCAUACGCACGUGAGUAUUAUUCAUCAGUCACUUGUCAACAGUCAGGGACCUGACGAUGGGCAGCAUCAAAACAAAUUCUACAGGCUCCCCGGCCUUUUUUCUGCCCCAUUCCAUGCUCGGCUCACUUCUCUUGCUGAUUUUCUUUUUGGCCCCACUCCUCUUGGGAGCCUGUUCACAGGCUAUCAUGGCGAUCUCUCCCCUUUCACUACAUGUAGUUUCUUCCUCAUUGAUAAUAGAGCUGAACUGCAAACACAAGUGAUUAUAGUAAUAUUUUAUUUCCUUAUCAUUAAUUUAUUAUUUUUGUUUUCUUCCCUUGUGGAACUCAGUUAUUGAGUAUAGUAAUUAUAAGUCAAGACUAAAGUUAUUACAAAGUUUAAAAAUGGAAUUAUUGGCAAUAUUCAGGUCCUUGAUGCUUUGAAUGGCAAGCAGGGAGUUACUGAGUGUGCAUUUGUCCAGUCAGAUGUCUGUGGCACUGGUUACUUUGCACAACCUGUAGAGCUUGGGGUAGGUGAUUGUGCCUUUUCAUGAUUGCUCUUUUUAAUAAUUAUUGCAUUCUGUUUCCAUCCUUUUUCUUUAGGGAGUGGGAGGGGGCGGGGUGGGCAUCUUAGGGGAGAGGGCUACAGAAACAAGUGGCAGUCAGAGGGGGUGGGGUUGGGGUGGAAUAAGUGGAUCAGGUUGCUACUCUCUUAGAGAGAGGGGUGCAGAAGCAACAGGUGGAUGUCUCUUUGUAGGUGUCUGUUAUUUUAUCCUGACUUAUUUGCUUUGCUUUGUUGAAAAGGGAGUUAUGAUUUGGUCAGGUGGAUUGAUUUUUUUGAUAUAAUAGGCACUUGGAAUUGGUAGCAUUAUCUAGAAUUGCUUUCUUUAACUAUCCAAUGUUAUUAUAAUAUCUGUUAGUAAAAUCCAACUAGUGGUCACUGGUGGAUGAAUCGCGUUUUGCUAGCUAAAGUUGUUUUGCUCGAUAUUUUUGACUAACUAGUUGGAUUUUACUUAAACAAUAAUUUAUUCCUCUCGCCCUCAUGGCCUCUGACUCAAUAGCCCAUUCGGCUUUCGGCCUCAAGGACUAUUGACUUAGAGCCCCUUAGGGUUCGAGGAAUAAUUGUUAAAUAUUCUUUUUGUAUCUGCUUUCAAAUAGCCAAAUGGUGUAAAGAGUGCCCUAGGUUAUGGAACGCUUUCUGCCUAUGAAGAAACAAAGCUGCAAGAGGUACAUGGAAGCUGAUUGUCAGUGUGGUUUUCACUUGGGUAUUUUAAAGGGCUCUGUGAUGCAAUUUGCUAUCUUUAAAAAUGCUGAAACUUGUCUUCAGGUCAAUUGAAUUCCAAAAAUAAUGGUCCAGCUUUGUUAUUUAAGGCUAUAUUAAGGCACUGAAACUAAUUCCUGUCAUCUGUUGCGACAGAUGGCAAGCAUAGACAUUGGAUUGAAACUUGAAAAAGCUGGCUAACUUUUUCAAGUUUCAAUACUAUGCCUGCAAAAAUCACCAAAAAAAUUAUUAUAGAUAAUGCUCUCUUACUCUACAGGAGCAGUAAAUGACUUCAGUACAGAAUUGACCUGAAACAGUUCUAACCUCGUCACAUAGCCUCUUUAUAUCAAAACCCUUUAUUUAAGCCAUUCAACUUUACUAUUCCUUUUGCUUUUUGCACUUUCUUUUUUGGGCAUACUAGGAAAGGCUGACAGUGCUAACAAUUAACACUUGCAAACUUGAAAAUGUGGUUGGUUUUUGUAAGUUGGGAGCCUAGCAAACAUUUGGGGAUAAUCAUUUUUCUAGUACAAAUGUGAGAAAGAGAAAACAUGUUGUUAAAGAAUUUGUGGAAAAAUUGCUAUGCAUAUAAAUUGAAUAAUACAAGAGAAAGGAGAAAGGCUUCAUGUCACCCACUGGUCAUUCCUUGUGUACAGAGGUGGCCAUGUUGUGGAGGUAGGGAUUGUGUGAAGUUUGGUAUCUUAGGACCGGAACUACUGCACGAAAUUCAGAAUUGACUGUAUUAUGAACUUUCUUUAAGCCAUACAGCUGUGGGACCGUCUGAGAGAAUGUCCAUCUUGUAUAAAAUCAAAGGAAUGGGCAAAGAAAAAGGAGGGACCAACUCUAGGUUUCCGUUUUUGCCUUUUGUCCAGCUUGCAGAGUUGUCCAUGAAGAGGUAGUUGAAGAACAUGGAUAUCAUGCAGACCAUUCGUCAAAUGGUCGCCCACUACAGGUUAAAACGUACGGAAAAUUAUCAACUCGUUAAUCCAAAAAUUGAUCGUGGUGGCUUGCUAUAGGUGGUCGUUUAUGACAGGUUCAAACUACAGGCUUUUGAGUGGGGAAAUGUUGGUGUUUUGGAUAGAUGUUCCCUUAUGGGAGGUGGUCGCUUACGAGUGGUGGUCGCACGUGGAGAGAAAUGACUAAAUAUGGAUAUAAAAUUAGAUCAUGCAUCAUAUUCACGCGACAUUUCUCUUUCUCUGAUUUGCAGUUGAUACCUGAGCUGAAGAAGAACAUCAAGAAGGGUGAAGAGUUUGUUUUAGGAAAGUGAAUGACGUGUUCUGCACAGCGUGAAGUUCGACUCGCUACAGCUAUUUUAGCUUAUUUCAAUAGUACCAUGUAAAUUAGUGGUAGUUUGAUUUAUGGAAAGAAUGUGCAAACUCAGAGUUACUUUUAAAACAAGUGUUUCUGUACGUUCAUUUGGUCUGUUUCGUUAUUUAAUUUUGGCUUUUAGGUUGACUUGUUUUAGUCACCAUAUAGAGUUUCAAAGAAGAAUAUUCAUCCUUGUCUCAGUCGAAGUGCUAUCGCUUUAAAUGUUCAGCUUUCAGUCCCUCUGCGCUGUCAAUUUACCUCAGUUACCUGUCAACUUUGUACACAAAACUCAGUUUCGAUGAAACGCAUCGAUCCUCAGUUUCUGAAUAUUAUCCAACCACUUAAUUUUUCCUCCCUAUUCACCUUUACGUACCCAGACAAGAAGCAUAGCUACUAACUAUGCAGGUGGCGAC